AUGUCCCAAGAAGAGAAAGUCGCUACUAAUGCAACCUCAAAGGCGGAACCUUCGAACAGUAGAAAGAACGACAAACAAGAGCUCGAGCUGGAUGAGCUAGUGGGCAAACUGUCUAUCGAGGGAACUCCACAGGUGUCGCAAAAGCUAAGCAAGGAAGAGAAACAUGCUCAUCAACUUGAAGCUGACUCUCGUUCUAUCUUCGUUGGUAACAUUACUCCAGAUGUCACCCCGGAACAAAUAGAAGAGCAUUUCAAAGACUGUGGUCUAAUAAAAAGAAUAACGCUUCUUUAUGAUAGAAACACAGGAACACCAAAAGGUUAUGGCUAUAUUGAAUUCGAAAGUCCGGCAUAUAGAGAAAAGGCCCUGCAAUUAAAUGGAGGAGAACUCAAAGGUAAAAAAAUUGCUGUCUCUAGAAAAAGAACUAACAUUCCAGGAUUUAACAGACAUUACAACAUGCAAAACCAGUGUUUUCAACAAUGGCAAUGGAACUAUCCCUUAAUGGCCUACCCUAAUCCUGACACUUUCCCUUAUUAUCCACAGUACCCUCCAAAUCAAUCUCAAAAUCAGAAUUUUGGAUAUAGCAAGAAUGGUUACUAUAGAAGUCCUUACAAUAACAAGAAUAGAACCUAUCAAAAGAAAUAUUUUAACAAUACAAAAGAUUCUACGCAAAAUAAUAGAUCAACUUCCCAGAAAUCUGUUGUCAUGCCGUCAGAUAACGUUAAAUGUUCUGUCCAAGAUAAAGAUUCGAAAUAA